GCUGAAUUGCUCCAUAUUUUUGUGUCCAUCUUCACAUUUCAGUUGGUCUUCUUUCAGCACCAGCCCGGGCUUCAAAUGCGCCCGCACUUAUAACCAAAGAUCCAAAUCUUGCUUAUAACGCCGGGCGGGGACAACGAGGUUAGGAACAGAUUUUCGGGUCGAGUGUUUCCAGCCGGUCGCUCGGAGUGCAGUCUGUCUGGCGCAGGCGCAGCGUGUCAGGGGCCUGGAGCAAAUAUACUAGAGGAGCCUGGAGUGUCGUGGACGUUUGAAAGUAACGAAAGUCGCGCGAGGCCGUGGCGGAGCCGGAGCGGGAGCCGGAGCCGGGCCCGGGCGGCGCGAGCCAUGGGGGGGAAAAACAAGCAGCGAACCAAGGGCAACGUGCGGCCAUCAAGCAGUGGUAAAGCAGCUGAAUUGCUUGCCAAAGACAAGGGAACAGUUCCAGGCUUUGUUGGAUUUGGAGCCACACACAAUGAAUUGGCUUAUGUUCCUGCAAUCCAAGGAUUAGAAGAAGUGGACAGUUUGGUGGAUGCUGAUUUCCGAAUGGUUCUGCGCAAAAUGUCAAAGAGGGAUGCAACGACAAAAUUAAAAGCUUUGCAAGAGUUUGCAACAAUGUGCAAAGAGAAGGACGCUGAAAGUGUAAAAGGAGUUCUUCCUUACUGGUCAAGGAUUUACUGCAAAAUUUCCUUGGAUCAUGACCGUAGAGUCCGAGAAGCAAUUCAACAGGCAUUUGAGUCACUCAUCCUUCAGGUGAAGCGAAACUUAGCACCUUACUUGAAGAGUAUUAUGGGGCAUUGGCUUAUUGCUCAGUGUGAUACCUAUGGUCCAGCAGCCUCAGCAGCAAAAAUGGCUUUCCAAGUGGCUUUUCCACCAAAUAAGCAAUCGGAGGCUGUGGCUUUUUGUAAAGAGGAAAUUACAACUAUUUUAGAUGAUAACAUCAUGAAAGAAACUCCAGAGACACUCAGCGACCCACAGUGUGUUCCAGAAGAAGAAAGGGAAGGCAAAUACUUAAGAGUUGUUACCAGUUCAUUCUUGGCUAUGAAGAAGCUACUUGAUCUUUUACCUGAAAAUGAGCGGAUGGUUCUGAAAGACAGACUAAUAAAAGUUUUAUCACAGUCCAAGUUUUGGAAAUAUUGCAAGCAUAAAAAUCCACAGAUUCGGUCAGCUUUCUUUGAAUUGAUUAUUGCUUUUUGCCAGCAUUUGCCUGAAUUGAUGAAGUCUGAAGCUGCAAAGGUGUGUCCAGCUGUGUUGUUGAGCAUAGAUGAUAUGGAUCCAGUGGUAUGCCCUUCCGUGUGGGCAGCGGCACUUUACGUGCUCAGCUGCAUUGAGGAUUGUUGGGCCCAUGUAAAUGCAAAUAAAGGAGUUUUGCCAAAGCUAUGGAUAGUACUAAAAGAUGGCGGUCAGGGCCUUGCCUCUGUUAUCUAUCCAAGCCUUUUACCAUUUUUUAGCAAAUUACCAGAAGAAAUAAUAGCACCAAAGAUGGAAUUUUUCACCAUUUUCUUCAGUACCUGUGCCAAGGGAUUACUAAGUGAGCGUGCCUUGAUGAGUUGUUCUGAGAGUUCAGCAAUUGUGGCUGCAAUUAUGGAAUGUUUACGUUUUACAUUGCACCAGAAUCUGGGAAUGAAUGAGGAUCAGCAGAAGCUCCAAGAGAUGCUCAUAAAUAAUCAGUUACUACCUCUUGUACAUUCUGCUUUGAAGAACCCUAAACUGCAAAACAGUACAUUCUCCCAUCUAGCAGACACUCUUUUGUCAUGGGAAAGACGAGCUGAUAAUCUAGAAAUAAAGGAAUGCGCUGAUGCAUAUCGAAGAUUGUUACCUUACUUUUGGGAUGGUCUUUCUCAGCUUUGCAUAUCGCAGGUGGAAAGUGCAGAAGUUGACAAAAAUCUAUUGGAAGGAGUGUCUUCCUUGCUCGUAUUGUUAAAAAAUCCUGAGAGGGCUCAAAAAACCAUUGUCAAAAAGAAAGGAAAGAUUCGAUUUUUUGACGAAGAAGGAACCAUGAAUGUUGAUCGUAACAAUGGCAACCAUUUAGCAGAAUUAACAUUUGACGCAAAGAAGAUGCCAAAAUCUGAAAAUUUGGGGGAUAUUUCCAGAUGUGCUCAGCACAGUAAUCCUGCCAGAACGGUGCCUUUGGAAAACCUAGUCUGUCAACUUGCCAAAUUGUGUAUAGCUCAUAUCAAAAAACACUCUGAAAUCUAUCUUGCAUUUUUGGCCACGCUGGUCAGUUCCUUUCCAUCAAGAAAUCUAUUUACAGUUUUACAGGAAGGUGAUAAUGAAGGGAAUGCUGAAAUUUUCCUUGAGGAAAAGAAUGAAGUGGAAACAAUGGCAAGUAAUCCUGCUGUGCAGUUUCUGAAUCAGAAACUGUUAACCUGGAUGAAGGAAGACAAAGCUGAUUUCAGUUGCCUGAUUGAUAUGCUCUACAGUAUUCUUCACUGCUGCCAGAACAAUGAGAAGAUGAUAAUACUCAAUCAUAUAUCUCAGAUGGAACAAGGAUGGCUCAUCUUAUUUUAUGUUAUACAAAAGGCUUGUGUGGAUCCAAUUAAGUAUGUUGCUAUAUCUGAUUGGUUAAAAGGAGAUGUUUUGGGCGAGAAACUUGUCCUGUUAGCGGAUGAGCUCUGCACAAUGGCAAUGACAACAGGUUCUUUGCCAAGAAAGCAUGACUCAAAUAACUGGAUGCUACUUGGCUUUGCUCUGUCCAAACACACCAAUAAUGAAUUCAUGAUUGCUGAAAUGUAUAUAGAAAGAAUAAUUGACCGACUCCACCGUGCACUUUCGAAGGAUCUAUCUGAGGACCUAACUAAAACUGGAGUUAUGGAGCCUUCGCUCUCUUUCAUUUGUGAUUUGGCAUCCAACUUUUUCUGUUCCAUCAAGGGAUGUUUGCAGAUGUCUUCAGCUGAGGAUCUUCUUUUCACAAUUUUCCAGCUCUGUGCCCAAAGUCAGGAGAAGACUCAUCUCUCAGAUACUGCUUUGGAUAAACUAAAGAAUGCCUGGUUGCUGGGAUUAACUUCACUAAUUAAUCAGCAAGAAGGACAUUUAAGAAAAUAUGGUUUCUUUCAUAGCUCUGCAACAUGGCUGAAAAAUCAGGUACAAACAUCAGCACUGGAUGUUAAAAGUCUGCAGGUGCUUCUUUCCUGUGUUCAUACUUUGCUUGAAAAACUCCUGGAAGGAACUCGACCUCAGUCACUCAGUCAUCUCAAAGUACUAGUUCAAUGUAUGACUCCAGACAAUUCUGAGUGGGAAAAUCUGAGGCAGAAACUUACUUUGCAGUGGCUGAGUAAAGUGUUGCUGAAGGAACAAAUAAGUCUGAACAGGGAUGUGGUGUCCACUGGUUCUAAUAUUUACUCACCUGACAAAAUACCAAAUCAUUUGUGCGCCACAACUUUAUUAUGCCACGUGUUAUUGCAGAUACAAGAAGCCAAUAUUUCUUUUGAACAGAAGGAAAUUCACCCUGUCACAUCCAUAUCACAAAUUGCUGCAGAGAUGUUCUACGCUUUGCAGUGGUGUGAAGAAAUGAAAGACUUUUGCCCUACGAUUUCUAUAUAUCAUGAACUACUACUGCACUUUGACAUUAUUCAGCAGCUGAAGAAAGCCUGUAGCGCAACAUGGGAAAUUCUCUUUAGCAGGUCAUUAGAGAAAGGGUUACUCUGGGCUUUAACCACUUCUGAGUAUAUUGCUGAAACCAAAUUGGAUAGUAGUUACAACCUAAAACAACUGUAUGGUACUGUGGAAAGAUUUUUCCCUUUGACUGAAGCAAGUCUGCAUACAAUCCAGAAUAUUAUUCCAUCGCUGCUUCAGGAAGACAAAGAUCUUCUUUUGUUCCAAUGUAUUGCAAAACUUUCUACGAGCGAGGGUUCAGAAAUUACAAGUAUUGAUGGAGGGUUUGGAAGCCUUGCUGUUAUAAAUAGCUAUUUAAAGGAAGGAGUCACUGAAGGUGGCCACGUUCUCCAUGAUCAGUUGUUUUUAGAUACGUUAAAUAUAAUUAUGGGAUGGAGAAAUCACGAAGAAGAAAUCUUUUUAUUUGACAGCACUUUAAAAAAUCCACAACCUCAUUUGCUUGGAAUCAACGUGGAAAUUCUUCGCUUUCUGAGAUUGUUGAUCAAGUAUUUACCAACUUUACUAACAAAUGAACAGUGGGAUUUCAUCAUGUGUUCCAUUAUGAUGUGGUUGGAGGCAUUUAGUAAUACUGCAUCAUUUGAUUCCAAGGCCCUGAUGCUGCAUUUUGUUAGCCAAUGUUGUGGCAUGCUGUCAGACCUUAGCUACAUGUUUCAGACUUUAACACCAGAAAUGAGUAAAACUCUUCCUGCUAAUCUUCAGAACGAAUGGAACAACUUCUUUGUCGAAGGCGUCUACAGCCAGCUGUUACCGCUGUUUUUAAAAAUUGCAGCUGAAUACAAAGGAAUUAUUCUUCGUCCAACCUCAGUACAUCUUUUAACAGCAUUAGGUGAAGCUUCUGCACUUAUUCCGUUGAAGCAGCUGAUGAAUCACAAUCUGCCAGCUAAAUUUGUUGCUGGGCAAAAGUCCAAUUUAUCUGAUAAACUUCAGUCAGCUAUGAAUACGUUGGCUCCAUUACUACUAUCCAGGGUUAGGCCUGUGCAAAUCACAGCCUAUCAUAUGUUAUACAAGUUAAUGCCAGAACUGCCUGCUUUUGAUAAUGAACAUCUGAAAUCUGACGAUGACAAUGGGAAUGAUGAAGAGCAUGGUUUAUCGCCACCUGCAGCACUCAUGUCAGUAAUUAGUGCUCAGGAGAAAGUGUUAGAGAAUAUGUUCAGUAACAUUCCAGUUGGAGAGUACACGGAUAUUGAGCCACUGAGUGAAGCUUAUUAUUGUAUCCUGGGGUACUUGCUUGGAUGGAAAUUGCUACUCAUAUUUUUCAAGGCAUCACCAUCUGAGUUACGGGCCAUAUAUGCACCAUAUCUUCGUGAUAGUAAAUGCUUACACAAAUUAUUACAAAAUUUGUUCAGACUGAUGCCGGAAAAUCCAACUCUUCCUGGACAGUGUACUGAUUCUGCUAACAAAGGCCAGAGGACAUUAUUCACUGAAAAGCGUACAAUUUUUCUUCAAGAGAUAAAAGCUUUACAUACAGAGAUUCCCAGGUUGGCUUGUGUCGUAUAUUAUAGUGUAUUGGAAGACUUACCUGCCACAGUUCGACUUUGGUGGAAUAAUCAAGACAAGCGUGUAUCCAGUACAGUGGAUAAAUACACCAGCAAAUACGUCAGCAACAUUCUUUCUUCACAGGAAAUUGCAGCUGUGCAAACCAGUACACAAAUAUUCAAGAGCAUGGUGGUGAAAGCUCGCCCUGUCGCCCGAGAAGUACUUGCUAUCUAUUCUGUGGAUGACAUAUUCAUAGAGCUUGUUAUUCAGUUACCAACAAACUAUCCUCUUGGAUCAAUUACUGUUGAAAGUGGAAAGCGAGUUGGCGUGGCUGUUCAGCAAUGGCGUAACUGGAUGCUGCAGCUGAACACGUUCCUCAAUCUUCAGAAUGGCAGUAUCAUGGAAGGCCUUGCAUUGUGGAAAACUAAUGUUGAUAAACGAUUUGAAGGAAUUGAGGAAUGUAUGAUCUGCUUUUCAGUGAUUCAUGGUUCUAAUUAUUCACUUCCAAGGAAAGCCUGCAGAACCUGCAAGAAAAAAUUCCACUCUGCCUGCUUGUACCGAUGGUUUACUUCCAGCAACAAAUCUACAUGCCCACUAUGUCGAGAGACGUUCUUUUGAGGCGUUAUGACUUAUAUUGCGUGAUUGCAAUGGCCUUGUGGACCUCAAGAAAAUUGCAUCAUGAAGCCGAAGACGUCAGUUGAUGGCUUUAUGACAAGUCAGAAAAUGACGGUUUAUGAAUAUCGCAACAGGAACAGAAUAUUUUCUGGUCUGGCUCUAAUCUGUAAUAUUGAAAUAUUUGCAUCAGAGUUUUAAUAAAGGCAUCAGUAAUUUUCCACAAUUAAAUCAAUAUAUUGUAUUAUGAAGGCAGUAUAUUGGAUAAAUAUAUUUAUCCCCAUUGUUCCAUUGCAUUCUCUAAUUUACCUCCGUUGGUGACUAGCAUUCACACUUUCAAUGGUUCUUUUGUGGAUCCAUUAAAGGAAAAUGCAUGAGUUGAUACAGGAUAACUUCCUACAGCUUAAUCCUUACAUAUUGUGGGGCAUUCUAGAUUUCUACACAAUAAUCGAUGAUCCAAGUUGCAAAAAAAUAACAAAGCUUGUUGAAUUUAAAAUUAAUAUUGUAAAUUUCCUUUGAAAAAACAAAAUAGUCUAUGUAAGGAAGCUAGUUCAUUCUUAAAAUGUUAAAUAACAUAACACUACAGUGUCCAUGAGUUAUACUCACACCUGGGAAUUUUGUUUUACAUUAAGUGUCUUUCCAACCUCAUUCAGUAAACACCUAUAAACAGUGCUGUUUUUAAGAUAAUGAUGCCCAUAAUUUUCUGAUCUUGAUCAGCAUUGUAAAACUCUCAGCCUUUUCUCCCCCUGUGGAUUAAAUACCAAAAAUAUGAAUGGGAAUGUGUUCCACCUCAAAAAAACUGUCUGGAUAAGACCGACCUUUUCAGUUUUUUAAGGUUAGAGUUAAAAGUCCACCCUUACUGCCUUUAAAAGAUCUGCAUUACAUCUAACAAAAUUGCAUGUGUUAAGCUAUCAAAUGUUGAAAGCUCGGGUAACAUUUUAAGGUCUUAAUUCCUUGGGACAGCAAUCGGAUUUAAAGAGCAAAUAUUGAAGUUAUAUAGUAAUUUUCACACAUUGACCAUUACAAAACUUGUAAUUAUGUUGCAUAUUAAAACCUUGUGUGGUAACCAGUUUGUACAAAGACAAUUUGAUGUUAUGAAUAAAUAACCAUUUAAUUUUAUUUGUUGCAAGCAAUUGAGAGACAAAAUACUGAUCAAAACAUUUGGAGAAUGAACAUCUCCCUUUCUAAGAAAAAUCAUAAGAUUAACUUUAACUAACAAAGAAUGAUAGAUCUCUGGGUCUAUGAUUUAUGAUUCAGGUCACAAGAAAAUAUAUAUAUGGUGUCACCCUGAUACAAGCAAUCCCAACCACAUACACGUUAAUGUAUUUUGUUCCAUUUAAACAAAAUUAUAAUCCUAAAUCUGUUAAAAAGUCAAUGCUAUAUAUUUGCAAGAUAUUUUGAAAAACCCAGCAAAUAAACCAAAUUUUGCUGCUCACUGUUGAUUAAAAAAUACAAUCCUCCCAUUUCACAGGAACUGGAAAAACAAUUCUGUAAUAAAGUCUUGAAUGUUGUAAUAGACUGAAGGUGUAAAUUACAUCAUGUGGGUCAGCCAAAUCUAAACUCAUUUACAAAAUGAGGAAAAGUAGUUACCGGUAAUUUGUAAAUCUAUUUAAAACAUUUCAAUGAUUCUGAAAUUUUAAAAAACUACUGGAAAAAAUCAAAGAAUUUAAGAAUAAAAUUUAAUGUUUAAA